AUGGCGGAUGUUGUCUCCACUCUCGAGAAUGCCAGGAGUAAAGGAGAGGUGGCGCUUCUCGUCCUGCUAGACGUACAGAGUGCCUUCGAUGGGCUGCCACAUACGGUUAUGGAGAGUGCUCUAGACGCUCUUGGCAUCACGGGCCACCUCAGAGCCUUCGUAAGCGCCUUCCUGUGCCAGCGGACCUUCCGGGUGCGUGUCGGACGGGCCAGCAGCGACCCCAGGGCAGUGACAGCGGGUGUGCCACAGGGUUCCGUUCUGAGUCCCUUCCUAUUCAACCUGGUGAUGGCGGCACUACCAUCUACGCUACCGGUGGAUAGGCGCUUCCCUACACAGUGCUCGUUGUAUGGAGACGACGUGGCACUGUGGGUGAGAGGACCCAGACGGAACUUUACCGCCAUCAGGACGUCUCUUCAACGCUCCUUGAACGCGGUGGCCUCCUUCUUCAAGACGAUCGGGCUCACCCUGUCGCCAACAAAGACGGAGGCUCUGCUGGUACACCCAACGACUGCAGCCAGGCAACGCGUCAAGAGGCUGGUGCUCGAGGGGCGGUUGAUACCAUGGAACAAGGAGGUGACAUAUCUGGGGCUGAAGAUUGAUCACCGCCUCACAUGGCUGCCGGCUACCAGAGCUGCUAUCUCCAAGGCCGUGAGAGUGCAGAAGGCUGUUGGAAAGUUGCUGUGCCGUGGCCGAGGCUGCACACCACGACUGGCCCUGCGACUGUACCACGGAGCUGCAACGGCGGUGCAAACAUACGCACUGCCCCUGGUUCAGCUGGCGCCAUGUCGAAGAGAGCAGCUGGAGCUACAGCACCGCCAGGCAAUCCGGCACUUUCUCGGACUCCCACGCCAGUCACCGGUGGCUGCGUCACUGGCUGAGGCUGGUAGCUGGCCGCUGUCACUCACUAUGCUGCGACAGUCCCUCAAUCAUGUAGACCGUCUCCAUCGAGCCCCUGGAGGUUCCGCCCUCCCUCAAAGACUCCGGAACCGGCCUGCCUCACGCAUGGGAAGAAUCUGCGCGCUCUACGAGGAGAUGGUACCUCAGCCCCCCAUCAGAGUGCAGCCCCUUCCACCUCUCCAACAGCCCCUUGACGUGCACUUAGAGCUGGACAAGCUCAGCAAAAGGCGAACUCCGGCGUGUGAACUCCAGCAGGCAGCCAUGGAGAAAAUCCACGAGAGUCUGCGGGGCCAUCUCCUGCUGUUCACGGAUGGGUCGGUCCUGAACAGCGCCCGCUCGGCUGCAGCUGCCUGCGUCAUCCCAGAGACUGGAACGACCAUCCGGUGCCGGCUGCCCUUUCAUUCUAGCUCCACUGCUGCGGAACUGGCUGGUCUCCAUCUGGCUGCCGACCACCUGGCUACCAAUCUGCCUGAGCUGCCCGUGGCGAUCAUCACCGACUCCCGGCCUACCCUACAAGCCCUGCUGCAGCCUGAUCAAGCCGGAGUCACCGUGGCUUUGCUGCACGCUAAGCUCACUGCCCUACGAGCCAGUGGCGUGCAUCUGUCUCUCCACUGGCUUCCAUCCCACGUUGGGAUAGCUGGAAAUGAGGAGGCAGAUGCCGCCGCCAGGGCAGCACACCACGGCGACACCCCGGUGACCUCGGCAGUAGCGGCAGCAGACUUCUCUCGACAGCGCAUACGGCAGCUGCUCCUCACCAUCCACCCGGACAAGCGAGUGGCCAGCGGCAAGCCACCACCACCUCUCCCAGAGUCUGGCCUGGAGAGGAACGAGCGGGUGCUGCUUCUACGUCUGCGGACUGGUAGUGCCUGGCCCGCGGCACGAAUGCAUUCCACGGGACGCUGCACAUCAGCUGCGUGCAGCAGAUGCGGCGAGACCGAAACACCCGAGCACAUCAUCUGCUCCUGCCCAGCGUUAUCCGCUGAGCGACGCAGACUGGUGAGCCGCUACCAACAUAUUGGGCUACCAGCGACAUCCGUGGAGGACAUUCUGUUCCCUGCGCGGUCACCACUGCCAGCCCUGCGGGCUUUCCUGGAGUUUGCGGGACCCGCUAAUCUCCAUGAUAUUUAA